AUGAAUUACGACGCCACACCAAAUGCCCUCGAACCGUUCGGCGUAUUGCACGGCGACCGCCUCGUAGGGGCAGUCGGGACGUCCUUCGAGGGAAAGGCGGCGACGGUGCUGGGUGUUCGUGUGGGUUGCCUUCUCUUGCGGCAGGAGGGAGAGGAAAAGGAGAUGCCGCUGCACGGCGUUGAGGGGAAGGACGGGCUUCUGGCUCUGUUCGGCAAGCUACCUGCCCCUCAGUUUGAUGGUCAAGCAAUGAAGGAGGGUCACCCACCUGAGGGUGAGAAAACGACUUCCUCACCACCUCUGGGGGGCGACGAUGAGGUUGAGAAUGAUUCUAAUGCUGGGCACAGCGAUGCCGGCGCUGCUGCAGGCGAGGGCGAAGUAGCUUCUGCGGGCGCCGAUGAUGACAGUCGUCCGUUUCUCGCGUCGGAGGAAGCGGCGCUCGCAGCAGCGGAGGAGCAAUGGGAAGGCAGUGAAUCAACCAGGUCUGACGGGGAGACUGCACCGCAGUCAUUAUUUUUCACCUCUUUUUUGAAGGCAGUGGCGUACUGGAAAAUGCGGCUGCUCUCUGAGGAGGAGCAGCGGCAAAAGCCUCUUGCGUUUGUGGAAUACUACAGCACAGAUGCGCAGCGACGCAUGCUAGAGGCUGUCGACCUCCUGCAAAGACACAAGGGCCUUUUUGACGGUAAUGCUGCCGGCCGCGGUGUCGAUGCGCAGUUGCGCUCCGCCGCCUCUCAGCAGGCGGAGGAGGAGCGGCCUGCGCGUGUGCACCGCAUCGUUCAGCUGCUGGUUGAAAGCGAAAUUAGCGAAGUCCGCUGA